CAAAUAUUUCCAUCACACUUCAAUCAACACACAACAUACAAAACACAAUGCAGAUUCACAAACUCUGUUUUCUUCUUGCUCUGUUCUUAGCUAACGCAGCUUUCGCUGUUAAGUUCAACUUCAAAUCCUUUGAUGGCAACAACUUGUUAUUCCUAGGAGACGCAGAGCUUGGUCCUUCCUCUGAUGGUGCAGGACGAUCCGGAGCUCUAUCCAUGACACGAGAAGAGAACCCAUUCUCUCACGGUCAAGGUCUUUACAUCAAUCCAAUCCCAUUCAAGCCUUCAAACGCUUCUUCUCCUUUUUCGUUUAAAACUUCCUUCACUUUCUCCAUCACCCCUCGCACCAAACCUAACUCUGGUCAAGGCUUUGCCUUCGUCAUUGUCCCAGCCGCUGAUAACUCUGGCGCUUCUGGCGGCGGGUAUCUUGGAAUCCUCAACAAAACCAACGAUGGAAAGCUAGAAAACAACCUCUUCGCUGUCGAGUUCGACACUUUCUCGAACGAACAGUUCAGAGACAUUAGUGGUAACCAUGUCGGAGUCAACAUCAACUCGAUGACUUCUCUUGUCGCUGAGAAAGCUGGUUACUGGGUUCAGACAUUGGUCGGGAAAAGAAAAGUUUGGUCGUUUAAAGAUGUGAAUCUCAGCAGUGGAGAGAGGUUCAGGGCUUGGAUCGAGUUCAGAAGCAAAGAUUCUAGGAAUACUGUUACAAUCGCGCCUGAAAACGUUGAGAAGCCCAAGAGGCCUUUGAUCCAAGGUUCGAGAGUACUCAAUGAAGUUCUUCUUCAAAACAUGUACGCCGGUUUUGCUGGUUCCAUGGGACGUGCAGCUGAGCGUCAUGACAUCUGGAGCUGGUCGUUCGACAACAACUAAACUGUUUUGGUUCUGUUCAGUUUGGCGAAGUGUCGUCUGCUUUGUUUUUGGUAAUUGUUGUACUUUACUCUGUGGUAACUAGAGUGAAUAAAUAAAGGUUUUAAUAAGAUAAGCCAAACAAACCUGUGGCCUACUCUGCA